GCUGUGAUUUUUACGGGCCAGUUCUUCAUUUGGUUCGGGUUUUAAUGGGAAAAUGCUCCUUGUGGAAGGAAUUAGUUUCAUUUAUAGUUCUCAUUCAUUCUUCUAAUUUUCUCAAGUUUUUUCUCGAAUCCCACUUAUGUCUUAAAGGAAUAUCUCCUCUCUACUCAUUUUUCAUUUCAAAUUCAAUUAUCCAUCUUUAGACUUGGAACCGUCAAUAUAAUCUUAAAAAAUCCCAAAAUAAUUAGAGAAGUCUAACCCCUUUAAUAAUUUUUUCUUUCAGCACAAAAUGACCGUGGAAGAGAUUUUAUUAAAAUUACCAAAAUUUGAACAACCAGAAUUAUCAACAUUUUCUCCUUAUGACAUUAAUGUUGUCGACUCUGAUUUGGUAAUUAAAGAGAGAAAAGAAGAAGAAGACAGAGCAAGAUUUUGGAGAUUUAUUGCAGCAAUUUCGUUAGGGUUGGCAGGAGUAUUAACUUUGGGUGUUUUGUCUGCAUUUCUUUGGUAUUGGCGUCGGACAAGAUCAGCAAGGCAUGGAGUUUCUGAUAUUUCUGAAAGAGGCCCAGGAGUUCUUCCUUCUGUUGUUAGAGAACAAAGCUUUAGGCCAUCAGCAUUUUCUACACUUAAAUGA